CCUCUUCCCCUCACGACAAACAGCCCCUCCACCUCCUUUUUGCCUGUGUCUCCUGCUUCUCCCCCUCAUCAUUGAUCUUGCUAGUCUGGUUUCUGCCACACCCCUUUCCUGACCUUUGCUCCUUGCUCCAGGCUUGUUUGCCCGUCCACCUAGCCAGGGGCUCACUUUCACUCACUGCCUGUCACCAUGUGCACAGGGAAGUGUGCCCGCUGUGUGGGACUCUCCCUCAUCUCCCUAUCCCUGAUCUGCAUCUUGUCCAACACCCUCCUGCUGGUGCCUAAUGGGAAGACCACUUGGACCAACGUGGACAACCUCAGCUUGCAAGUCUGGCUCAUGGCUGGCUUCAUCGGCGGGGGACUAAUGGUACUGUGUCCGGGAAUUGCAGCCGUUCGGGCGGGGGGCAAGGGCUGCUGCGGUGCGGGCUGCUGUGGAAAUCGCUGCAGGAUGCUGCGCUCGGUCUUCUGCUCGGCGCUCGGGGUGCUUGGUGCCAUCUACUGUCUCUCAGUAUCGGGAGCCGGGCUCCGAAUUGGGCCCAAAUGCUCAAUGGACGGCAAGAAAUGGGACUACCCCUUCCAGGACACCUCAGGCUCUUACUUGCUCAACCGUACCCAGUGGAGUUUGUGCAAGGAACCGCCUAAUGUGGUCACCUGGAAUGUGACGCUCUUCUCGCUGCUGGUGGCUGCCUCAAGCCUGGAGCUCCUGCUGUGUGGGAUGCAGGUGGUGAACGCGACCAUUGGUGUCUUCUGUGGCGACUGCAGGAAGAAGGAGGGCGCCCCUCGCUGAGGCUCCACUGACCCCUCUGCUCACUGAUGGAUGCCCACCUGGACGCCCCUGCCCUGGAAUAAACUAUUUUGAGCUCUCUUGAGCGUCUCAGAUUGUGCCCUAUAGGAGCACCCCAAGGCCUCCGGACACGCUGGGGCUUGGGGCUCUCUUGUGUGGGACCCCUGCACCCUACUUACUUUCUUAGUAAAUAGUUAUUGAGCUAUUAGUGUGCCCUGGAAAUAAAAAAUUACUAAGACAGGCAACUUCUGUGUUUUCAAAUACUUUAAUAUUCCAGGGUGGAAAAUGGACAAUUUUAAGAGGCAAAAGAUCAACUGGUGAUAAACAGUUUUU